AUGCUUUGCGUUGCGGUAAAUGCGGUGCCCUUUGCCAAUGAUAGUCAGGGCUCGGAGUUUACCGGCAAGACAUGGGUAGUGCUGUGCGCCGGUUGGAAAGGCUACUACGGGUCUGGUUAUAGUAUCCAGGCAAACGUAUACAAAGCUUACCAAGUAUUUCACGCUCAGGGUAUACCCGAUGAGAAUAUAAUCGUGAUGCAUUACGACGAUUUGGCCAACAAUAAAGCUAACCCCACACCGGGUAAAGUGGUAUUUACUCCUAAUGGCUCCGACGUAUACCAUGGUGUGCCCAAAGACUAUAUUGGCAAAGAUGUUACACCCAAGAACUUUUUGAGUGUAUUAAAAGGCGAUCCAGAAUUAGUUAAGCAAGAUAUGGUAUCAUUUCCCCAUGGUAUACUAUAUGGCGAAGAGCUGGUGGCCGCACUCAAAUCAAUGCAUCAAAACAAGCGAUUUGCCAAGCUCGUAUUUUACCUUGAAGCUUGCGAAUCGGGCUCGAUGUUUAAACUAUUACCCAAGGAUAUUAACAUUUAUGCCAUCACAUCAUCGAAUGCCACUGAAUUGAGCAAUGAAUGCAAUUGGGAUGAGAGUAGAAAAGUGUACCUAGGCGGAUAUUUUGCCUACAGAUGGUUAGAUGAUUGCGAACACUUUGAUAUGAGGCAGGAAAGUUUGAACACACAAUUUGAGCAUAUGCAAAAAUUGUUGCUUAUUGACAGUGGUAUACCUAACCGGGAGCCUCACCCGCAACACCCUGUUCAAUUUGGCGACAUGUCCAUCACCAAGUUGUCCGCAUCAGACGCAAAUGAAGUGGACGCCCUAUAUAACGAAGAAAUGCUGAGACAAUCCGUGGAGAAACAAUACGUUGACAAACAUAUGACUGAUUACGUGAAUAGUAUUCAACACUUACUGACAGUCGAUAGCAAUGCUAUUCUAAACACUAAACAAGAGCUCAAUAAUAGA